AUUUGAGUUACCCCGUUAGCCAACAACUAGCCGCUUCUGAGGCAUCAGUCUGCAGAGCUCUGCCGCCGUGUCUCUGUAAGUGUUUGAUGAGGUUUGGGAGCGAAGUGAAAUGUGGUCCUUUUUCGCCAGGGAUCCCGUCAAAGACUUCGCUUAUGAAAUUCUCCCAGACAGCCCAGAGAAGUCGGGAAUAUGGACCCUGCACCGGGGGAAGAGAAAGACCUCCGGGGAUCCGGUGUCUGUGUUUGUCUAUGAGGUGGCCCAGGGGACAGAGCAGCAGAGCCAGUUAGCCAAAGCUGCCUUCAAGCGGAUGAAGACCCUGCGUCAUCCUAACAUCCUAGCAUAUGUAGAUGGACUGGAGACAGAUAAGAGCCUUUAUGUGGUCACCGAGCAGGUGACCCCUCUAGCAGUUCACCUGAAGACCCAGGCUGAGAAGGGCGGCGUCGGGGAACUGGAGAUCUCCUGGGGUCUGCACCAAAUAGUAAAAGCUCUGAGUUUUCUGGUCAAUGACUGCCACCUGCUUCAUAACAACCUGGGCAUUUGGGCUGUGUUUGUGGAUCGGGCAGGAGAGUGGAAGCUGGGUGCCCUGGAUCAUGUGGCUCCUGAGCAGGGUGACCCCAGUGGGGUCUCUCUCCCCGGCCCGAAGGCGGUGUACCCUGAUAUGGAGAAAUACGACCCACCAGAGACGCCCAACAGUAGUGGGGAGAAAUGGACAGCAGAGGUGUGGCGGUUGGGAUGUCUGAUAUGGGAGGUUUUUAAUGGACCGCUGCCUCGGACAUCAUCCCUCAGAUCUCUGGGAAAGAUUCCAAAGACCCUGGUCCCCCACUACUGUGAGCUGGUCGGGGCUAAUCCCCGGGCUCGACCCAACCCAGCCCGCUUCCUCCAGAACUGCAGGGCUCCUGGAGGAUUCCUCAGCAACAGCUUUGUGGAAAGCAACCUUUUCCUGGAGGAGAUCCAGAUUAAGGACCCAGCUGAGAAACAGCAGUUCUUUCAGGAUCUUAACGAUCAUCUAGACUCUUUUCCCGAAGACUUCUGUAAACAUAAAGUCCUGCCUCAGCUGCUCACAGCCUUUGAGUUUGGAAACGCAGGCGCCGUCAUCCUAACGCCCCUAUUUAAGGUGGGGAAGUUCCUUUCAGCAGAAGAAUACCAACAGAAAAUCAUUCCAGUCAUCGUGAAGAUGUUUUCCUCCACAGACCGAGCGAUGAGAAUACGACUCCUACAGCAGAUGGAGCAGUUUAUCCAGUAUCUUAACGAGGCAGCUGUUAAUUCCCAGAUUUUCCCUCAUGUUGUUCAUGGCUUCACUGACACCAACCCCGCCAUCAGAGAGCAGACCGUUAAGUCGAUGUUGCUGCUGGCUCCCAAACUGAAUGAGACCAACUUGAACCAAGAGCUCAUGCGUCACUUCGCCCGGCUGCAGGCCAGAGAUGAGCAGGGCCCGAUCCGAUGCAACACCACCGUGUGUUUGGGCAAAAUCGCCUCCUACCUCAACGCUGGGACCCGACAGAGAAUUCUGAUCUCUGCCUUCUCUCGAGCAACUAAAGACCCGUUUCCUGCUUCGCGUUCUGCUGGUGUUCUGGGCUUUGCAGCAACACACAACUACUACAGUGUUACAGAGAUCGCAGCCCGGAUCCUGCCCACCCUCUGUGCCGUCACCGUGGAUCCUGAUAAGGGCGUCAGGGAGCAGGCCUUUAAAGCCAUCAAGAGUUUCCUUUCCAAGCUGGAGACAGUCUCUGAAGAUCCAAGCAAGCUGGCUGAGAUUGAGAAAGAUGUGGGGUCCAGCGCUCAGCCAGCAGGCGCUGCCUCUAGUUGGGCAGGCUGGGCAGUAACCGGCGUGUCCUCGCUAACCUCCAAACUCAUCCGCAAUAAUCCUGGUGCCGAGGGGGGGCCAGCAUCGGAGGGUGGUGGUCUGACGAACGCCAGCACGCCCUCCACUGAUGGAGCAUCAGCCUUAAGUAAAGGUGCUGAGGAUAAAACCCAACAAUCCCCCUCAGCUCAGCUCAGUGCCUCUGACCCUGCCAACCAGUCUCAGACCCAUGAAGCCACAGACAAUGAUGAGGAGCAGAUUGGAGAGCGUUGGGACGAAGAGGAGGACUGGGGCAGCCUGGAGGAGCCAGGGAAAGCUCAGGCUGAUGACUGGAACACAGACUGGUCUGGAUCGGCAUCAUCCAAAAAGAAGGCCAGCGAUAGAGGAGCUGGAAGAUCCUCUGCCUCUAUGGCGGUUAAAAAGCAGAGCUCUGACUGGAGCAGUUCAGGCUGGGACGCUGACGACAGCUGGUCCAACGAGAAGGAAGGCCAAGGGCAGAGCUCGGCAGGCGAGGAAGGCUGGGGCAACGACUGGGGGGAGGAGGAGACGGAUGUGAGGCCUGCCAGUAAAAACCUGCCUCUGCCUGAAGGUGUCCGAUUAGCCAGCGAGUACAACUGGGAAGGGGGCACCGGGAAGGGCGCCACUCAGAAUGACUUGUUCGCCAGCGUGUCGCAGAGAAGCACGUCUGCCACCACGGCUGGAGAAGGUUGGAGCUCAGAGACGAUAGGAGACUGGGGGACCGAGAGCUGGGAGUCUGUGGAAGGAGGCCAAAAUCUCAGCAAGUCAGAGCUAUCGAAGAAGAAACGAGAGGAGAGGAGAAAAGAGCUGGAGGCCAAACGGGCCGAACGUAAAGCUGCUAAAGGGCCUCUUAAACUUGGAGCACGAAAGCUGGACUGAAUCGGGUCCAACAGGGAGGCUGCGACAUGAACCAGAGACCAGAGUGGAAGGAGUUUCCAGUAGAAAACAAGACAGGAAACUGAACAGCUCUUUGAACAAGGAAGGAUACUGAGAAGAAGGUGGUUGUUGGAAUCCAGCUUUUGGACUUUCUGCCUUUUCUCUUUUAAGGACUGAUAGAAAUUAAGGUAAAGACAGAAAAGUGACAGAAAAUCCAAAGAGACUUAAGCGGGCUGCAAUAGACUUUAUUUAACAAAAUGUUCGUCCAUCAUAAAGUUACCGUUGUACAGUAAAUGUAUAUACCAUGUGCAUCAUGUCUUACCUUUUUUUUUUU